UCGCCCGCUGGUCGUGUACUCGUUGCUGCUGGCCUUGGCUUGGAUUUGCCAACUCAUUGGCUUUUUGUGUAAAAAUUGAGCAGAAUAUUUAAUUAUAUCAUAGGAAAAGUAAUAUAUAAUUGUUAAUGAAGGAGUUGCUCCUACAAUAAUUUAGCAUUUUGAUUUGUAUUAUAAUAAUUAAUUUAGGCAAUUAUUUAGGAUAUUAUACAUCACUUCUGUGAUCUCAGACUGUACAACAAUUUGUUUUAAAUAGUGUAUACUGAAAAAGAGAACUGAACACUAGAAUUAAGUGAAUUAUUGUGUAAAAAGCAAGCUGAAUAGAUACAACGCAAUUAUGUGUCGCCGCCAUGUUGUAUCAGGAUCCUAGGGCGUGGCGCAUGUUGCUGUUUUUGGAGUGAGCACAAUUUACUCCAGUUAUUACGAAAAAUGCCUCGUAUUGAUCCAAUACAGCUACUCAACUGCCUGAGCGUACUGCUGUCACCUAAUGGUGGUAUCAAAAGCACUGAUGAAGUACAAAGGCUUGCAAGUUUGAUGACGAAAUUCUCGAAAAAGUUGGUGUCGAAAUGCAUUUAUAUUCAAAUACUGAAGUGUACAGAAACUGAACUACUUGGUUUAUUCAUGGCCUCAGGAGGGUGGCGUCUUGUACAUAUGUGGCUGACUGAAAGUAUUGUCGCUAAGAACUGGCCUCUUGUGAGGGAGUUGUUAGAACUUCUGCUACUUUGUCCAGUGGACAUAGAACGCCUGAAGACCAAUAAUUGUCCCAAGCUUGUAAAAGAAUUGUCUAAAGAUGAUAACCAUUACGCAAUUCGAGCGCUAGCUUCUAAACUCGUUGAACAAUGGUUAAAAACCGUUAAAGGUGAAAAUGUAAUCCCAGUUUCUUUAAUGGAUAUUCCGCAAAUUAUUGCCGACGCUCAAAAUGAAGUAGAUAGUAGCGCCAGUGCUAAGUCUGAACCAGACUUAAAAAAUGAAGAAAAGUGUGAAUGUUCCGAUAAAAGUAUUAAAUUAGAUGACAUCAAUGUGAAACAAGAAAUGAAUGCAGAAAAUGUAGAUAUUGAAAAACUAAAAGAAGAAGUUAAAGAUGAUAGUGAAAAGGACUCUGACACACUACCGAUUCUCAAAAUAAGCGUCAAAGACGGGAAACAAAUUUUAUCUCAAGUGGACGAUAAAGAAGAAUAUUCUGACAAGGAAAAAUCAAAAGAUAAACAGCGAAAUAAAAGCCGAGAGAGUGAUAAAAGCAGUAGCAGUUCAAAAUCAUCUAAUUCAUCAAAGCAUUCAAGCAAGUCCCAUUACUCGUCAAGCGAUAAACAUAAAAGUAGUCAUAAAAGUAGCAGCUCCAGCCGUCAUAGCAGUAAAGAUGGCAAGGAUAGGUCGAAAGACAAAGAGAGACAUUCUUCUCACUCAUCGAAAUCUAAAAAUGACAGUAGUAAAAAGUCGAGUGAAAAAUCCAGUUCUUCAAGUAAAACAAAAGAAGAUAAAAAUACGAAAUCUGAUAAAAAAGACAAACUCAAAGAUGACAAAAAUAGAGAUAGUUCCUCUAAGUGUAACGAAAACUCUGAAGAGAAGCCACAGUCUCCGCCUUCUAUUCAUAAAUUGGGCAAAAUUCCCAAACUAAGUGAUAAUAAAAAGGAAAAACCUUCAAUAUCAAUAGAAGUCAGAAAACCUGACGAACCGAAACCAAAAACUGUUAAAACUUUUCAUUCAAAAUUUAGGAAACAUGGCUUGGAAGAAGAAGUCAAACCCCCACCAUCUCGUGCCACUUUACUAAACAAAAAGGCUCCUUCUGUAUUACCACCCACUUUACCAGCACCAAAAAGGCCAUCACCAGUUCAUAACGAGACUCCCCCUGAAAAGAAGCCAAAAACGGUUGACCCCGUUGAAAAACCCGGAUCUAUCAAACUGAUUCCCCCUAAACCAAAACCUAUGUUGUUGCUCGAAAGCGACAUGUUCAUGGACGCGUUGAACGCCUCUGCCACUAACAAGAAAGAACCUAAGAAGCGGAAGAGGCGCACGAGCGGCUCAAGAGAUGCACCCAGUGACGGCUCGCCUCCGCAUACACCCACACCGACGGUCACAAGUCCAAGCACAGAGAACAAAUCUGUUCCGCCUCGAUUUUAUCAAGACACUCUUGACAAUGAUGAGAAUAAAGGAAAAGUAGGCGAUGAAAAUUCUGACGCUGCAAAUGAAGCUGACAAAAAAGAGGAAGACAUGGACACCUCUGAACCACACACUUUGACCAUUAAUGGAUUGAAGGGUGUUCUUUGCUAUCAUAAGAGAAAAGGUCCUAAGAAAAGUAUUAAGUGGAAGCCCGAUUCUGAACUAGAAGAAGUUCAGUACUUUGAACUGGACGAAACUGAGAGGGUAAACGUAACUAAAACAUUUACAGAUAUGAAAUAUUUGGAAAGAAUCAAUGAAAGAGAAGCAUUCCAGAAAGCAAGAAAUCUUAGUACUGACGAUGUCAUGGAAGAAAAAACUAACUGGAGACCACUGAUACCUGUAGAUACUGAAGGCCAAAUUCAAGUGGAUCACGGAAAAAAUAGUAAAGAAAAGGACAUACAAGCUCUUCGACAAAAAGGUACACUGCAGCCUUUAUACUUUCACAAGUCAAUGAUUCCAGACUCUCCACAUGAACCGGAUCCAGAGACUCAUACCUAUACCGAACCAACGAUUAUUCCCUUAGAAGAUGUAACUGGAAAUCAAGACAAUGUUAGCGAUUUUCGUAACAUUGCGUGGCCUGAACCAAAAGGGAACGCGCCUCCAUCUUCGAGCAACGUCAGCAUGCCGUCGAUGUUUCCGCCGAAUAUCACUCAGUUUCCAGGUACUUUUCCUCCUGCGCAGUUUCCAGGUAUGCCCAGUUUUCAAGGACCUAAUAUGGUACCUGGCGAAUGGCAAAACGGGUUGCCUCCUAUGAUACCGAAUGGAAUGCCAGGUCCUAUACCCCCAACAGCCCUAGCACCAGGUGGGAUGCCGCCAAUGAUGGUGCCACCUGAAAACAUGAUGAUGAAUCCAGAAAUGUUUGGAGCUCCUAAUCCUAUGUUCCCUGUGGGACCGGAUGGAUUUAAUAUGCAGCAAAAUAUGUUUCCUAUGGAUUUCAAUAUGUCUGGGCCACAAGGUCCACCUGGGCCUGAUGGUUUCGCCGGCCCCGGCAAUUUCCGCGGCGCGAUGAGAGGACGAGGUGGCGGCGGUGGUCACUGGCGAGGCAAAAGCUCUGGCAACUGGGACGGCCCGCCUAGAGGCAGGGGUGGUGGGCACAAUCGAGGUGGCAGAAAAGCAGUUUGUAUAUAUUUCCAAAGAAAAGGUUCCUGUCGACAGGGUGACAAUUGCUCGUUCUUACAUCCAGGGGUGAACUGUCCCUAUUAAAAGGAGGCAAAAGACUCAAAAGCUGCAAUUGUUAAUUUGCAUCGUUUCAGCUGCAUUAAUUAACAAAUACAGCAUGUAUAAAGUUGUUAAUACCUUUUUGUUAUUAUUAUUAAUUAGAUUUAAUACUCAAGAGAAGACUGCAAUGUGUAAAUAAUUUGUAAAUAGCUAUCUUUGUCAUUAUUUUGUUAGUUAAUAGAACGUACAAUAGACAUGUUUAUAUAGCGAAGUGUUU